AUGGCUGAUAAAAAGGAUGUCCGAAAGUUUGAUACCGAGGAAUCUGUGGCGGUGGCUCUGGCGGAUCACGUGGCUGGUCUAUCAGAAAAGUUCAUCAAAGAGAAAGGUUCUAUCACAAUCGUUCUCUCCGGAGGUACCCCGAUCAACACACUUGGUAUGAUGUUAAUAAUUCAGGAAGUACUCGAGGCUCCUUACAAACGUACUGUGGAUUGGGUUAACUGGCUUGUCUUUUGGGUGGAUGAGAGUGUAGGCCUUGUCACUGACCCCGAUAACUACUUUAAUCAGGCUAAAAAAGGUUUUCUAUCCAAGGUACUAUUUGAGACUUGA